UGAUGUCAACUAGAUUUUUUGACAAAAAAUGUGCUUGAUUACUUUUAACACAUAAAUUACAAUAAAACAGGCAUAUGAUCUCCUCCAGAACCAUGUUUUCACUGGUAUUACUAUCAGGUUUCUUUCCCCUCACACUGUGUGCCUCUCAGUAUGUCUUUGUGAAUGAAUCCAAGAAUUGGACAGAAGCUCAGAGAUACUGUAGAGAGAAAUACACUGAUCUGGUCACCAUUGAAAAUAAUCAACAGACACUCCAGUUAUUGGACAAAGUGAAUGAUGUUUCCAUUGAUUUGGCAUGGAUUGGACUCUAUGAUGAUCUGAAUGGUUGGAAAUGGACUCUAGAGGACAAUGACUUCUUUAAGGCUGGAGAAAAAGACUUCAGGAACUGGUAUAAUAAAGGACCAGGGAAUUCUGAAGUACAACGUCUGUGUGUGUAUAUAAACGAAGGGAUAUGGUCUACGGAAAGCUGCUCCGCAACUCAUUCUGCAGUCUGCUAUGACGGAAGAGAAAAUGCCAGUGCAACUUAUGUUUAUACCAACGAAUACAAAACCUGGACUGAAGCUCAGAGUUACUGCAGAGAACAUCACACAGACCUUGUCAGUAUCAGAAAUGAGGUUGAAAACCAGAAGAUCCAAUAUUUAUUACAAAAUGUUUAUUAUGUCCGUUUCUGGAUUGGACUGUACAGAACCUGGUCUUGGUCAGAUCAAAGCAACUCUUCAUUUACUUACUGGAGCACAUGGCAGCCAGAUACUGCUGGAUCCUGCACUUCAGUGUCAUUUAGUGACUCUGGGACAUGGACUGAUGAAGACUGCAAAGUCGCGUUUCCCUUCUUUUGCCAUAGUGGAUCAGCAUCAUCCCAUCAGUAUCACUUUGCCAAUGAAUCUAAGACCUGGACUGAAGCUCAGAGCUACUGCAGACAGAAUUACACAGAUCUGGCCACCGUUGAUAACAUGGAGGAAAUGAACAGACUCAUUAACACAGUUAAUGGGAGUUACAGUGGUUCAGCCUGGAUUGGACUGUAUGGUGAUGUGAACAGCUGGAGAUGGUCACUGGAAGACAAUGAUUUCUAUCAGGAAGGAGAGAGAGAUUUCAGGAACUGGCUACAUGAACCAGACAACAGUGGUGGGAACGAGCUGUGCGUUUACAUGGAUUCUAAUGGGGAAUGGGCUGAUUUGUCAUGUGACUCUGCAUUCCAAUUUGUUUGCUAUGAUGGUAGAGAAACCGCCACACAGAGUUUUAUCAGUAUCAAUUAUGGGAAACCCUGGUUAGAGGCUCAUAGAUACUGCAGAGAGCAUUACACCGAUCUCGCCAAUGUGAGAAAUCAGACUGAGAACCAGAGGAUCUAUGAGACAACAGGUGGAGGAGUCUGGAUCGGCCUGUACAGAAACAGAGUUUGGUCAAACAGUCAGAAUAACAGUUAUCAAAACUGGAGGCCUGAAAUUCCUGGGUUAAAAGCUCAACCAGAUAACGGUGGCAGUCAAGAUUAUGUUGCAGGCUAUCAGCACUGCACUGCAGUAUCAUUCAGACAUUCAGGCCGAUGGACAGAUGAGAUCUGUAUAAUCAACAUGCCUUUCUUCUGUUACAACAGAACCUGCACACAAUCUACAUGCACCCGUCAGUAUCACUUUGUGUCUGAGUCUAAGACCUGGACUGAAGCUCAGAGUUACUGCAGACAGAAUUACACUGAUCUGGCCACCAUUGAUAAUAUGGAGGAAAUGAACAGACUCAUUAAAACAGUACGUGGCACUUUAUAUGGAUCGACUUGGAUUGGACUCUAUGAUGAUCUGAACAGCUGGAGAUGGUCAUUGGAAAAUGCAGCAUUAGGUGAAGGUUUUAAAAGCUGGUUUGUUCAGCAACAAGUGAACUCGGGUGGACAGAGUCUGUGUGUGUACUUGCCACUUAAUCAUGGAAUAUGGGGUGAAACCUCUUGCUACAGUACAGCUCCUUUUGUUUGCUAUGAUGGACAAGCGAAUGCUAGUACAAGCUAUGUGUUUGUUUACCAGUAUAAAACCUGGACUGAAGCGCAGAGUUACUGUAGAGAACAUCACACAGACCUCGUCAGUAUCAGAAAUGAGAUGGAAAACUACAGGGUUCAGUCAUUAAUUCCACUUCUUCAAAGUGUUUGGAUUGGACUUUACAGAACCAGAUCUUUGUCAGAUCAGAGCAACUCUUCAUUCAGUAACUGGAGGACAGGACAGCCAGAUAAUGCUGGAAACAAUGAAUACUGCACUGCAGUGUCAUUUAGUGACUCUGGGAGCGGGACUGAUGAAAACUGCAACACUGCAUUACCUUUCUUUUGCUACAGUGCAUCAGCAUCAUUCCAUCAGUAUCACUUUGUCAAUGAAUCUAAGACCUGGACUGAAGCUCAGAGUUACUGCAGACAGACUUACACAGAUCUGGCCACCGUUGAUAACAUGGAGGAAAUGAACAGACUCAUUAACACAGUUAAUGGGAGUUACAGUGGUUCAGCCUGGAUUGGACUGUAUGAUGAUGUGAACAGCUGGAGAUGGUCACUGGAAGACAAUGAUUUCUAUCAGGAAGGAGAGAGAGAUUUCAGGAACUGGCUACAUCAACCAGACAACAGUGGUGGGAACGAGCUGUGCGUUUACAUGGAUUCUAAUGGGGAAUGGUUUGAUUAUUCAUGUGACCAUCCUUACACAUUUGUCUGCUAUGAUGGUAGAGAAAACUCCUCUCAGAAGUAUGUCUGGGUAUCUGAGGAAAGGACCUGGACUGAAGCUCAGAGCUACUGUAGAGAGGAAUACACAGACCUGGCCAGCGUGAGGAAUGAGACAGAGCGUCAACAGAUACUGAGCAUUGAACGAUUUUAUAAAAAUGUAUGGAUUGGUCUGCACCGAAACAGACUGUGGUCAGAUCACAGCAGCUCUUCCUUCACGUAUUGGCUUCCAUCAACUCAAAAUCUUCCUGCAGAACCAGAUAACGGUGCGGUUAUUUCAGGGCAGCAGGGGUCUCAGCACUGCACGGCUGUGUCUUUACAACACUUUGGUCAGUGGACAGAUGAGAGAUGCUUUGACAGUUUGCCUUUCUUCUGUUACAGUGGUGAAUCUGAUGGCCAUCAUAUCAACCCACCUUCGUCAGCUGAGUAUGGUAUGCUUACUUGGAUAUGUGAUUGUUUCUGCUGUUUUCAAUACAUAAAACACUGUAAAGAUUUGUUUUUCCCCCAUUGAUCAGUGAUAGGAAUGCGAGUGAAGAUUAAGAGUCAAAAAAAUUGGUCAGAGUCUCAGAUUGAAGAGCUUGUGAUUAUACAGGUAAUCAACUCAAGAGUUAACAUAAGGCAUUAAUCUAUC